UAAAUCAGUUGUCAUUAAUAUUAAUAUUUAUUAUUUAUUAAUAAAAUCAAUUUUUCCACAUUUACUAAUCAGAACUCCUCCUCAUUCAUUUUCUUACUCAUCCACAAUCCCCUAUAACAAUCUAAUUUAUGAUACUACUUAGAUAUCCUCUCCCUAUCUUUGGUUUUAUUGAUACUUGUCAUUCACAACUUAAUCAAACCAAUCCUCUUUCUCAAUACCUUUUAGUCUCUUUCGUUUUUCUCAAAAUUCUACUAAUUCUGUUAUUAUAUUUUACAAAUAACUCAUAAAAUAAAUUAAAUUUUAUGGAAUCUCCGUUUCUAAUUUGGUAGAUAUAUGGGAACCACUCCACAGAGUCAUUACCCUACCUAAGCAAAUAUUGUAUAGCGGCAAUCGUCACUCUAAUCGUAUUUAUUUCGAUUAUGAUGCUUCAUCAUGUUCGGAGUCAUUUCUAAAUUAUUAGAAGAACCCCAAAGAAACAAAAGAAUAAAGAAAAGAAUGUCACUUUCAACUUAGACUUGAAUCAGAUACACUACUAUUAUUGA